AGAAGAUCCAAUAUGGCUGCGCCCUUACGUGAGGUGGUGAAGGAGCAAUACUUCUAACAACAACCCUCUCAAUCUUCAGUCUGAAUCAGCUCGUGCGAUGGCUUUCAGAAGAGCUGUGACCCUCUUUCUCACAGGAAGUGAGUGCGUCUUCAAUAGGUUGCAACAUCCUUUUCAAAAAUCACCAAACAUCCUCAGCCAAACUGUUGGAUUCCAUCACCACCGAUGCAGUGGUGCCAGAGCUGUUCACACCGGUGCACCGCUGCUGGGGGCCAGGUUGCUGUCGGUGGACGAGCUGUUCGCCCGCAUGUCUCUGCAGGAGUACCUGAAGAGGAUGGAGGCGGAGUACAGUGAGUGUCUGACAGUCGUGAACCACAGUGCGAUGGAGGAGCGGUGCAGCGAGGAGGAGCUGAGCGCCAAGAGGAGCAGAGUGUCACUGCUGGCUCCUCUCGUCCAGUGCAUCAGGGAGCUGGACACCAAACACAAAGAGAUCACAGAGACGGAGGCGCUGCUGAGAGAUGAAGACCCUGAACUUCAAGAGCUGGCGGAGAUGGAAAGAGACGGCUGCUUGCAAGAUAUUCAAGACCUUAGACAAAAGAUCCUGGAUCUGUUGAUCCCUGAGGAGGAGGCUGAUCUGAGUGACCUCAUACUGGAGGUCACAGCUGGUGUUGGGGGUCAGGAAGCCAUGCUGUUCACUAAUGAGGUGUUUGACAUGUACCACGGCUUUGCCCAGCACCAUGGCUGGUCCUUUGACGUCCUGGAGCACAUGACCAGCGAGAUAGGUGGACUACGUCACGCCUCGGCCAGUAUCAGCGGCCCCGAGAGCUACAAGAGAUUGAAGUUCGAAGGUGGAGUCCACCGAGUGCAGAGGGUUCCCAAGACUGAGAAACAGAGUCGAAUGCACACCAGCACCAUGACUGUGGCUGUCCUCCCCCAACCCACAAAGAUCUCUUUCACAAUAAAUCCGAAGGACCUGCGGAUAGAUACUAUGAGGGCCAGUGGAGCUGGAGGCCAAAGCGUCAACACCACAGACAGUGCAGUCAGAAUAGUUCAUCUGCCGACAGGCGUGGUCGCAGAGUGUCAGCAGGAACGAUCCCAGCUGAAGAACAAGGAGAAAGCCAUGAAGGCCCUGAGAGCAAAGCUGUACAGCAGGAAGCUGGAGGAGGUGACCAGCAAACGCUACAACCAGCGCAAAGUACAGAUUGGCACCAAAGGCCGAUCGGAGAAGAUCCGGACCUACAACUUCGCCCAGGACCGAAUCACAGACCACCGGAUCGGCAUGACCGUGCACGAUGUCAAGAGCUUCCUGUUGGGAGAGGAGCUGCUGGACGAGAUGAACUAUUCGCUGCAUGAGUUCUCCAACCAGGAGACGCUCAUGGAACUGCUGGGAGAAAACGAUCAGGGGGGUUCAUGAGUUUAUCUCAGAGGAAAAGGGAUUUUGAAGAGAGGUUUCUACAUAAAUACAAUAUAUGAUAUAUUGUAGGUCUUUGUUGAUGUGUUCAUCAAAUUCUACUGUGGAAACCACAAGGAAAAGGACCAAGAUGGGGACCAAGUCUCAAUGCUUCUGCUUCUGCCCAUCCAGAGUUAGAAAUAUGGUGAUUUUCUUUUAUACACAUGGAUAAGCGGAAGCCAUUUAUACUUAUUUAUUUAAACACACCUAUAAGUGGCAAAUUAAGUGACUGCACUAUGGAGUGGCUUGGCACAUGCUCCCCUGAGAACUUCUGAAGUAGUUCAUGUUGUUUUUUUAUGUCACAAUAAAUAUUUCCUCAAUAUUUGGUGGAAGGAUGUAUUAUGGGUCAGGAAAAACCCAUUAAAAAGGAGGUCACAUUUUCAGCCAUGUGCAUUUGUUUGUAGAAACAACAACAGAUGUCCACAAAACUUGGACUUGGAAUGAUGCCGUUUUGGGGUCAGGGAAGAAUCAAGAGACUCGCAUAAAGGACGACUCACUAAAUUCUCUUGAUUUCUCAGAGAAUAAUUGAUGGAUCUCGAUGCGAAAAAACAUGUUUAUGGGACUGACAUCUAUCAGCAAUUUGGUUCAGAACCAAAUAAUAUACAGCUCUGUGAAUUAAAAUGUGAUAUCACAUAGGGGGUAUCUGCUUAGUAGGGUACUUACUUGCUAUCAAAUACUUCAUUA